GAUUCAUAACAAUUAAAACAAUUAUUUCUGGUAGUUUUAGCCUACAGUCUGGAAACUGUAUUGAUAUGCGUUUGAUAUGAAUAAUAGUGUCAUUAAAAAUCACCCUGGCUAGAACCAUAUCGACCAGUGGACCUUUGUGUUAACGUAGACAUAGCGAUAUGUUUUGAUACCAAUGGCUUUCCACAUAAUUGACUGAACGCCGCAGUGAGUCCGCGUCUCCCGCGAGCGAUGCUCCGUAAACAGCAAUUCCUGCGACCCCUGCUUACCAAGGACACAGCACAAGAAGACACAUCUUCUUUAUUUUGGUGUCUAUAAAACUGUUCAUCAUGCGAUUUUAAAAUGGAUCCGUGCGUGCUGAGGAGAAAAUACGUUCAUCGCUAGUGCACGAGGUGCCGUUUGUGUUGUUUUGUCGGGACGUUUGCAGUGAGCUCACUGGAAGCAUGCUAACUGCGCUAAACUGCUGCGCCGUGGGCUUGCAGUACUCCUGCUUUUAAACACAUCCGUUAGGAUUUUAGAUUAUGUUUAUUGGGCACUGAGAGGUGAAUGUGAUGUUAACUGUCACAUGCAUGUUUAAUCAGUUCUACGUUUUGCUUUGCUUGAAGUAUAGCCUCCUGGAUGAGGGAAUGCUUUGUGUUGGGAUAAUCUGAGUUUUCUUGCCUCUAUAAAGGCAUCUGGCUAGAUCUAAAGCUAUUAUAUUAGUCUGUGCCAUAGUGGCAACCUGUGCUAAUAUGAAAUGCAAACGUUUGAGGAAUUUAUUAAAUAUAGCUAGUCUGUGGCCACAAUGAUUAUUGCUGAGGAAGACAGCAUCGCUGCCAAAGCACUGUCCUUCACCAGCUGCUUUCCACCCCGGGGUUCUGGCUCGACAGCAAACGCAGGCGACUGCACCAUGCUAAGCUACCGAAGAAAAACAGUGCUAUAUGGCGAAUAUUCUCAGUGAGGUCAAACCGCAUCUGGCCGUGAGGAACUGCUACCGAAACACACUAAACAAUCCUAAAAAUCGCACCCUCCUGCUUCAGAAUGGCCUCCUGGGAUCGUGAGGAUCCCAGCGCUUGUGUCACACCUUCGCCUUGUGUGUGUGAGGACUCUGUCCAGGCGCAGAAGUCGAAAAGCCUCCCUACGCUCAACGAAAGACAAGUUUUGGAGACAGAUAGGCCUGAAAAUCCCCCUCAAGAAGAUAAAACAUUCGCCUCAGCGGCGGAUGGCAGCUCCCUCUCCAAAACCGAGGAGUCUCCUAACUCGGGCAGCGCGGAGGCGGCCGGUGCGGCGGGGAGGAGGCGCCGUAUCGCAGCGCUGCUGCCCUCACAGCUGGCCCGCGUGUCCCUCAGGCGCUACCUGCGCGUGCUCUUCUCCGACUCGCGCUGCUUCUUGUUUUACAUGUGUUACCUCACGUUCAUCCAGUCGCUCAUGGUGUCCGGCUACCUCAGCAGCGUCAUCACCACUAUAGAAAAGCGCUACAGUCUGCGUAGUUCAGAAUCUGGUCUGCUGGUCAGCUGUUUUGACAUAGGCAGUCUCCUCAUUGUUGUCUUCAUCAGCUACUUUGGUGGACGGGGUCGGAGACCACGCUGGCUUGCCAUAGGGGGAAUGGUCAUUGCUGUGGGCGCUGCACUUUUUUCCCUCCCUCACUUCAUCUCUCCACCUUAUCAGCUGGAGCAGCUGAACACUACAGGACGGGGGGAGGGGCUCUGCACCAUUACCAAUAGCAGUAGGAGGGAGGGACUGGAGGCGUGUCCACGGGACCAAGAAGACAGUGAGCAUGCUUUGUAUGUGGCACUGUUUAUUUGCGCUCAGAUUCUGAUUGGCAUGGGGUCCACACCCAUUUAUACCCUUGGACCCACCUACCUGGAUGAUAAUGUGAAAAAGGAGAAUGCUUCGCUUUACUUGGCAAUCAUGUAUGUAAUGGGAGCUCUAGGUCCAGCUGCUGGCUACCUGCUGGGUGGAGUUCUGAUUGGGUUUUACGUGGACCCAAACACUGCUGUGAACGUUGACCAGAAUGACCCACGUUUUGUAGGAAACUGGUGGAGUGGGUUUCUUUUCUGUGCUGUGGCCAUGCUGCUAGUGAUAUUCCCCAUGUUUGCCUUUCCAAAGAAGCUUCCCCCUCGCCACAAGAAGAGCAGCAGGAAGAAAAAGCGUGUGGGGGACCUGGCAAGUGAUGAUGAGGUGAUGAAGGAGAAGAGCCAAGCCGUCUCUUCCUCCAUUGGCUUUGGAAAAGACAUCAAAGAUUUGCCCAAGGCAGCCUUGCGUAUCUUGAGCAAUGUGACAUUUUUGUUUGUGAGUUUGUCAUACACAGCAGAGUGUGCCAUCGUUACAGCCUUCAUCACUUUCAUUCCUAAGUUCAUUGAAUCUCAGUUUGGGGUUCCAGCAUCCAGUGCCAGUAUCUACACAGGUUUGGUAAUUGUGCCAAGUGCUGGUGUUGGGAUAGUGCUGGGAGGUUAUAUUAUUAAGAAGCUGAAGUUGGGAGCAAGAGAGUCAGCCAAACUGGCCAUGAUCUGUAGUGGAGUGUCUCUGCUCUGUUUCUCCACACUUUUCAUUGUUGGCUGUGAGAGCAUUAAUCUAGGAGGAAUCAACAUACCCUACACUACUGGGCCCACAUUGACUCUGUCCCAUCGGAACCUAACAGGGGGCUGCAAUGUUAACUGUGGUUGCCGGAUCCAUGAGUAUGCUCCAGUGUGUGGUUCUGAUGGAAUUACGUACUUUAACCCCUGUCUGGCUGGCUGCAGUGGUGUCUCCAAUGACAGCUCAGGAAUCAGGAAUUAUUCAGACUGUGCUUGUGUACAAAGCAGACAGGUAAUCACUCCAUCUGGAGGGAAUCACGAGUUGCAAGUGGUCAUUGUGAAAACGUAUCUGAACGAGAAUGGCUAUGCGCUCGCCGGCAAGUGUGAGCGCACCUGUGGAACGCUCAUAACCUUCCUCAUCUUCCUCUUCAUUGUCACCCUGAUAACUGCCUGUGCACAGCCUUCAGCCAUCAUAGUCACUCUGAGGUCUGUGGAAGAGCAGGAGAGACCAUUUGCUUUGGGAAUGCAGUUUGUUCUUCUUAGAACACUCGCCUAUAUCCCUACUCCAAUAUAUUUUGGCGCAGUGAUUGACACCACCUGUAUGCUCUGGCAGCAGGACUGUGGUGUUCAUGGAUCCUGUUGGGAGUAUGAUGUGACGUCACUUCGGUUUGUCUACUUUGGCUUGGCAGCCAGCCUCAAGUUUCUGGGCUUCUUCUUCAUCUUCCUCACAUGGUAUUCACUGAAACGGCGUGAUGAGCAAGCACACAUGCAUGCGCACCCUGUAUCCCCACUGGACACAGUGAGCCAGUUGAUGUGUCAUGCAGGGUGGCAAAAAGGUCAUGCUCGCACGCGCUCCUGCCCUGUCUUCCUGCCCCGCCCCCACGAACACUGCCAUGCUGCUGUAGUGGCAACUGGACAUGCCCUAAGCCGUGGCAACAGUUGCCCCAGCAAUGGCCUGAAAGCAAUAACCCUGCCCAUCAGGUCUCUGGAGAAAGUGGUGAUAUGAGAGAUUAGUGCAGAUAGACACACACACAUACACAAACUCACACACACAUUUACACACCCAAAUGCAUAGACAGGGCAUACCUGAAGAUCAAGUGGAGUCUCCAGCUCCCCUAUGUCCUCAGAGCCACUGCUGGUGCCUUUUUUCCCUCCUGAAAUACACUACAAUCAACACAGUUUGUAAAGUAUUGGACUUAAUACCUCACUGGAAUUGGUAAUACCUCUCUCAUUCUUACACAUUUACAGAGACUCUUUCUCCUCCACAUGGUCUGCACCAUUUCCUUUUAGUCACACACACUACACAAUAUGACCAGUACCACUUCGUUAUACAUACACAUUACACAUUAAAAAUUGUUUCUGAAGGGCCAGUACUGAACCUUUUGUCAAUCUUGUGCAUAGACACACAAGUCUGAUUCCACACACAUGUUCACCAUCCUAUUCUGUUUUUUUUCUGACAGUAGUGUGAAGAGAGCCUAAAGUGAUGCUGUAGGUAUUCACACACUUGUCUAUCAUUCCACUGAUUGCCCACUUGCUUGGUUGCUUGACUGAUUAGUUAGUGAUUUAAUUCAACAGUAUUGGGUAUCGUACCAUGUAGAAAGGAGGAAUGGAUAUGGAAUUCAAGCUGAAUCCUGCAUUAUGCAAACUUUUCUCUCCUUCCUACACUGAGAUCAGUUAAACCCAACAGGAAAAUGCCACACUUUCACAUUCAGUGAGUGCUUCAAAAUGCAAAUGUGAAACUGUAUUACUUAUAUUGUCACUGUUCCUCUGUACUGAGGAACUAUGUGUCUGUUACACUGGAUUAAAGUAACUCAUGGGAAAUAAUAUAAGUAUUCCAAGGGUUUAACUGGGUGUUUUGAUGUCCAAAUUAAAGAUAUUUUUAAUAAAAACACAACAUAAUGUUGUUGUCAUUUUUUAAAAGCUUUAAUUGGUGUAGGUGCUGCAGAGAUGGUAACUCGAGUUAGUGGCUCAGACUUAAGUCGAACCUAACUAACCCGUGAGUAGACUCUUGAUUGACUACAGCAUAGAUAGAAACUUGAGCAAAUAUUAGGACUGUCCAAAGACUUAUACAGCUUUGCAUGUCAAUUUAAUGACUGUUGCACACAAUCAUUUAUUGCAAUGGUAUUCUUGUUCAGCUGACAGUGAUGUUAGGUUCGGUACAGUUUCAAACAGUGAGCCUUUGGUUACAAAAUCUGUGCAUGACCAAAGUGAUAAAGGACAACUUUAAAUUGGCAUAUAAAAAAACCACCCAGAAAAGUUGGUUAAUAUGAGGUACCAAGAAUGCUAGCUUGCUGUUCCAAGAGCUAGAAAUCAUUAUACUGUUUGUUUUAGUAAAUGACUUCAACAAUGAUUUUCAUGUUAUAGCUUUGCUUGCAAAUAUGCUCCAUAAUCCAACUGUCUUUUUUUUCUUCUUCAUAAACCAAUGUAAUUUUAGUUUUCACUUUUCUGCUCAGAUGCACAGGCAUCUAAGUGAGCUUAAUUGUUAUUUUAAUCUUUUCAAUAAAUGCAUGAAAGUGAGUAAGAGAGAGGAAAGUGUAUAGAAUCAGUGUGUACAGUUUCUGACUAAAUAAGAGUAGAACUGUGUGCACUGAAAUUGGACAGUUGAAGAUUAGAAAAAUCACCUGGUCUUUUUCCACUUUUGUCUUCAACUGUCCAAUUUCGGUGAGUCUGUGCCCAUGAUAGCCUCAGAUUCUUGUUCUUAGCUGACAGGAGUGGAAACUAAUGUGGUCUUCUGCUGUUGUAGCUCAUUCAGCUCAAGGUUUGAUGUUUUGUGCAUUCUAGGAUGCUUUUCUGCUCACCACAGUUGUAAAUUUUGCUUGUUUGAGGUACUACAGACUUCCUGUCAGUUCAAACCAGUCUGGUCAUUCUUCUCUGAUCUCUGUCAUCAACAAGAUGUUUCAGCCUGCAGAGCCUCUGUACACAGGAUGUUUUUUUAUUGUUUUUGCACGAUUGCGUGUAAACUCUAGAGACUGCUUUGUGUGAAAUUCCCAGGAGAUCAGCAGUUUAUGAAAUACUCAAACCAGCCCCUCUGGUACCAACAACUGUGCCACAGUUAAAAUCACAGAGAUCACACUUUUUGCUCAUUCUGAUGUUUGUUGUGAACACUAACUGAAGCUCUUGACCUGUAUCUGCAUGAUUUUAUGCAUUGUUCUGCUGCCACAUGACUGGCUGAUUAGAUAACUGCAUGAAUGUGCAGGUGUACAUAAUAAAGUGGACGGUGAGUGUAUACAGUGUAUAGUAUAUACGGGGAAGGCAGAGGGCGAAGUAGUUCCUAUCCUGCACCAUAAACAUAUAUUAUUGAUCCACCCAUCUCUACUAGUUACCUAGUUACCUUUUUUAGCCUGUUAGCCUGUCUAGCCUGUCCUUGCAAACUUGCAAAAUGUACUUUUAAGCUGUGGCUUUAGAAUAAUAUCAGAUUUUUGUAAUUGAAGUAGAAAGAUGCAAAAACAUGCAUUUGUCCAUAUAAUAAGUAAGCUAAAUACACUCACUUUCAUCCAUCAAAGUUGGGAAAGCAGGUUGUGUGUUAGGGUUGGUGCAACGACUUUGUUCAUUUCAAUUCAACAUGGCUGCACUCUGGGUAAAUGUAUGUGAAGUUUGCAAGAAUUAGUACUUAAAUUCUUAAAAUGCUUACUAUUGAGGAUGAAAUUCAGAGAAAAAAAUUGGA